AUGUUUAUAAUCUUCUGCUGUAGUAGUAUUUUUCUAUGCAGUAAAUAUAAUGAGUGCCUUGAAAAUCCUGAUGAAUGUUUAAAGACGGUUAAAAAAACGUAUGCAAACAUGGUCAAAAAAAAUAAAGAUCCUUCUGGAUUUUCUUAUUUAUUGGAUAAUUUUGGAAGUAAAACGGGGAGCGAAUUUAUAGUCUUUAGAAAAAAAAAUAGCGAAAAUAACGAAAAAAAAGAUAAGAGUGCAAAAGAUAAACAACUUGUUUCUAAAAAAGCCGUAAAAAAUAUCAGUACUUGUGACCAUAAUUACAAAUUUGAAAUAUCUAAUAUUGACGUAAAAAAUAUGAAUAUUAAGUAUGUAGACCAAGUAUCCGAAAUAUUUUUUGAAAUUUUGAUUAAACAUUCGUCAUUUAAACGGGCCUAUAAUAUUUUAAAGUCAAAGCGAAAGGUUAAGAAAAAUUUAUUAAAAAAAGACAGAUAUAAAUCUUACGUAUUGAACUUUAUAAAGAAUGAAACAGUCAUUGCCAAUUAUUCUUCGGUUAAGUUUUUAAGAUCUCUAGCCUUUAAUAGUUAUCGUUUAAUUUAUGAACUAAGUUUUUUAGGUUGUUAUAAUAAUUUAAAUUCAGAUAUCUUGUUAUUGUAUAUUUCGAUUAUUAAAAAUAUACGUGUUGAACUAGAUGAUAUCUGCUUUUUAAAAGUUAAGCAGAUAUUUGAUCCACUUAAAUAUAAUAUUUUGAUAAAUAAAGUCAUUUUUUUAUAUUCAACGAUCAAGGAAAAAAAGAAAAAAGCGUGCAUAAUGCUUCCAAAUGUUUCAAAAAAGUUUACAUUGGAAAAUCACGAAACGUUAAAUUUUUAUAGCCCGAGAAAUUUAGUUAAUGAAUUAUCAACCUCUACAAAUUUAUUACAAAAUUUUGAGAAUUGA